AUGGCCGACGACAACGCGGCAACAGCAACAACAUCCGAACCCCAACCUCAACUUAAUCCUCCACCACCAUCUACUACUUCUACUACCACCACUCCCUUCCCUCCCCAAAACCAACAACCACAACCACACCCACAUCUUAACCCCGAAAAAGACAAAAUCAUGGCUUCCGACUCCGCUGCAAACACCCCCGGUGCCGACUCCGCCGCUGCAACUCCCUCCGCCACCACCACCACCCAAGUGCGUCCCGGCGGCGCCCCGAUUAGAAGAUACAUGAAUGAGAAGAUUGUGCCGCAUCUUCUUGAUGGGAUGACGGUCGUUGCGAAGGAGCAGUGCGUAUACCAUGAUACCUUCUGA